UAUGGGCUACCGUACUGCAGUCAGAGCAGUUGCUAAGCAACCAGCUGUGUGUUGUCUCGCGCCUUUCUCCUUGUGUUUCAGUCAUGGCUGAAAGAAGUUCGGUAAAAAAGCGUCAGUCACUGGUUCCGCUGACAAAGAGACGUCCACCGUCCAGCUCAAAGACAGAGAAGACUAAAUCUGUUUCCAAUCUCACAACAAAACAAACUCCGGACUUUUUUGCUCAGGAACAACAAUACAAACUCAUGAAUGCAGAGCUGGAAGCUAAAACAGCAGAGCUGGUCAAAGAGGCCGAGCAGCUGAUGAGAGAACAGAGUGAAGUUCUGUCCACGCCUCUGUCCACACUUCUGCUCACAGACUUUCAAGAUGAAGAGGAUUCAAGGACAAUGACGUCACAACAGUGCAGUGUGCAGGAGUCUCUGAAGAGCAGGAACAGAGUGACAUCAUCAUCAUCAUCAUCAUCACAACACGUGCAUGCGAGAAGACCAGGGAAAAAGUCUGAGUGUCAAUCCCAAAGCACAGACAUGUGUGGAGAAGCUGCACAAGACUUUCUGUCAAACACCAUCAGGAACAUCGAGGAGAAGAUGAACGAACAUGUUCUGGAUGAUCAUGACACAGUAGCAUCAGGCGUUUCUGAAGCUCAAACACGGGUUUUCAAGGCAAAAAUACGGAUUUUGCAGGAAGAAGUGGAUCAACUCUCAUGUGAAUAUUAUAAGAAGGAAGAUGAAAAUGCUAAACUCAGAGCUAAAGUGAAGGAUCUAGAAGAGGAUCGAUCCAGAUUACAGAAGACCACCAACGUCCAGCAAACACAGAUGGAGAAGCACAAAGCUUUAGCCGAGGAGUCUGCAAAGAAAUCUGAGGCUCUUCAAACACAAGUGUCUGCUUUAAACAAGGAAAUAGAAAAUCUGAACCGAUCCAGCAAACAAGCAGCGUCUGCUCACAGCAGCAUGGAGGUUCGUCUGAACAGAGCUCUGGAGGAGGUGGAGAGGACAAAGACUCAACUCAGCAAGAUCACACACAUCAACAAGGACAAGAUGAAGGAGGAAAACCAGAGUAAAGAAAAUGUCCUCGCUGAAAACAGAAUGUUAAAAAAACACAAAGCUGAACUCAUUAUGGGAUUUAAGAAACAGCUCAAGCUCAUCGAUCUUCUCAAAAGACAGAAGAUGCACUUUGAAGCGGCAAAGAUGUUGUCGUUCACAGAAGACGAGUUCAUGAAGGCGCUGGACUGGAGCAACUCAUAAACACUGAGAUUCGGCUUAAAUCAGGGCUGCAACCUUUGACCCUUUGACCUUCAGAUGAAGAGGACUUGGAUAUCAUGAAUGAAAGAACUGUAGUUUGUUGGAUUUAUAAAAUGAUCUCUCAUUAUUUGUGGAAAAGUAAUGACAUUAGAAGUGCAGCCACCAGAUUUAAAAUGAUGAGAGGAACCAUGUUUAAGGACGAGAUUUUUAUCACAGGGAUCUUUGAAAGUGUGUUAAAUGUAUUUGUGUGAGAAAAUCCUCGUCAGAUCUGGAACAAACAGGUACGACCUCUGUGGUCCACGAGUCGUCUUUCACCUGAAAGGUUGUGGGUUUGAUUCCCGGCUCUGCUCGUCUACAUGCAGAGGUUGUUGUCGUCGUCGUCUCUGGUGGAUUCAGGGUCACAGAUGCUUUUUUCAC